AUGCGCUGGGAAGACUGGUCAAGGCUAGAGGAAGCCGCAAAAGCGGCGAAAGUCGUUCUGGAGCAGCCGUCACAGGAUCUGGCAAUGGCUGGUCUGGAGUUCUUUGUAGCCUGUGCAGUGAAGGAGGAGUCCCAGGAAGAUCCGAAUGGUCUCAUCAUCUCAGUGCAGUUGUUGAUGCUGGCUGUGGAGUUGAAGCGGAGCGAUACGGAGCUGCUGCAGCGGUUGGAAGGCGUUGCGGCUGUUUCUGCCAGGGUGUCGCUUCGAGCUGAACUUCGAAGCUGCGCACCCGCUACGCCCGGCCUUGCAGCGCUUCGAGAAGCUGUGUCUGUGGCCUGGAGCAAAGGACAAGAACUUGGAGACAGUUGUCGAUGGGAGCUCGCAAUCUCCAUGUUCGAGUGCGCCCACCGCAUCCUGGAGCCACUGGACGCCGCACCAAAAGGAGACCUUGCUGUUGCGAGGCUCCAGGAGAUCUGGGCUGCAAGGGCCUGGUGCUUGGCGCUGGAUGCAUCUGCCAGGAUACAGCAGGCGAAGGGCCUGUCGACGACUGCGGAUCGAAGCGCGCUGCUGCAGCGAGCAUGUGAAAAUCUCAAAGCUGCAUACAGGCUUCGUCGCGACUCAGAGAAGGUGUCAGCUGAGGGCGUGGACCAGUCUCGUCGGCUCUUCAUCGUGCUCGUCCUUGUGGAGUUCGAGGCGAAAUGUCUGGCAGGUGAAACGGAGGAACACCUGCAACAGUUUGUUGACCAGGCAUCUUCUCAUGAGGCACUUGGCUUCAACAGCCUCUUGGCGAUGUCCAAAAUCGCAGCUGCAUCUUCAUACCGACGGCUUGCCAGACACUGCCUGCAAAGCUAUGUUCGAGUUCGUGCUGGGACCCGUGGUGCCAUGGACUUCAAGCAGGUUCUGCCUGCCUACCGCGAAAUGGUGGUCUUGCAGUCCUCUAGAAAUGACAGCUUUCGUCUUUUCGAAGGGGUCUGGAGCAUCUUGAGUCAGCAUCCGGGUGACGAUCUGGCCUCAUUGGGCUUGGAGGAAGAGGCGGCUUGGCUGAUUGCAAAGUCGUGGAAUACCGGUGCACACUUCUACCGCCUCCAGCUAUACAGGUAUGCGGAAAGUUGGCUGAGCAAGAGCAUGACCUUCGCGCAGAUGUUCAAGGGACUUCCAGGUCUACCUUCACAUGAAAGCAUGGCUGAGGGAUAUCGAUUGUGCUUGAAGCACUGCAGUACAUAG